AGCAAAUUAAUGUUGAAACCAUGGAAUUGACUUAGGGCAGUGGCUUUUCACAAAGAAAGGAAGAAAAAGGAAAUUCUAACACAAUGAGUAGUGACAAUUCAAUUUGUUCCAUUCACGAGCGAUCAUAGCUUCGUCUUCUGCAAAAAUCUUAAUCGGUGGAUCAACUCUUCAAUUUGUUUUUGCCACUGCUGAUCAACAACCACUUCACCAGAACCCUCAAACCUAACUCCUCUAUCCUUUUCUGGGAAUCUUGAUUUGUUGUAUGGCUCAGAGAUUGAAGAUUUCGUGGAAAAUAAUUUGAAUUGGGUUGAUCUGAUCUCGCAGAGAGAAAGUGAGAAUAAAGGGCACUAUGCAGGCUCGGCAACGCAGUCCGCGAGGGUUUUACACGGCAGAGUAUCGGCAGCGUGAGGGGGGUCUGGGGAGAGGACGGAGAGGGGACAUUUUCGUAGAGGCGGGACGGCUAGCGGCAGAGUAUUUGGUUUCCCAGGGGCUGCUUCCGCCCAACGCGUUGCCGACGAAGUGGCAGAACCAAAAGGCUCCCGUGGAGGGUGGCGGGCGGCAGUCGGCGCUGGCGAGGCUCGGGAGCGUGGAUGGGAGGAGGAAAUUGGGGUUUGAUGAAUUUGGGCAGAAGGGGAGGAGGAGAGGGAGCUUCAGCAGGAGCAAUGGGAUGGAUUGGGGGAGGGAGUAUAGGAGGAAUGGAUCUUGGUCUGGACGCGUGCCCAACGAUGUUAGGGAUGGUGAGGAUGAUGAUUAUGAAAGUGGUGGAUUUAGUGCUAGACAUCAAGAUGAGGAGGACCAGCACCAUUACCAGCACCAACAUCAGCACCAACACGUGAAUAGUAGUGACGAUGCUUUGGUAAAAUCAAAUUCGAAUGAAUUUUCGGCCAGAAGUGAGGAUGGUGGUGAUUUGAAUGGUAAGGAUAAGGAUAGAGAUAAGGAGAAGGUGAGUGUUGAACUGUCGGAGAUGAAGCAGAGUGGUGUAGGGAAAGAUGUGUGUGAUGUGGAUAUGGGGGUUGGUGUUGGUAAUGAUUUGGAGGGUGUGAGUGUUGGGGUUAAGGAGGUGAAGGAUGGUGGUGCUGGCGAUGAUGAUAGUGAGAGAUUGAGGAAUGUGUCUGCGCAGUUGAGUGAUCAGGAGAAUAGUAGCUCUGGUGGGGCUGUUACUGAUUUGGUUUCACUUUGCAAGUCUGUGAAGGUGCCCACCCGGACGCGCUCUUCGAUCACACGCAAGAAUUUGAAAGCUGGGAACAAAGGAGAUGGUGCUGGGAGUGCACAUGAUGUUGGGGAGCUUCAAGUAGCUGACUCAGCUGAGGAAGUCUUGGCUGAAAAUGAGUCUGUUAAAGGCUCCUCAUCGGGUGAGUUACUAGGCGAGAAAAGUUAUGAUAUAGUGCAUGUUGAUGCGGAUGUUGCCGAGGUAGAACCUGUUUGUGUUGCCGAGGAUAUGAGAGACUUGGAUGCUGUGUCUAAAGCUGAGGAUGUGAGAGAAUUAGAUGCUGUGUCUAAAGUCGAGGAUGUGAAAGAAUUAGGAUGUCAGCCUGGUCAGGAUAGAAGCUUUAUUCAGGAUAACAACCAAGAGUCUAGUGCUACACUACCGGGGUAUGAAGUUUGCAGUUCCUUGGAUGGGGAACAGGGUCAAAAGCGGGUUGCGGAAGAUGACGACGAUGAUGUGAGGGAAGACAACAAGAGACUGAGGGAAUGGUUGCCUUCCCUUGUUCCUAAGACUGGGGGUUACUUUUUGCAUGGUAAUCCAAUAGAAGUGAAAGAGAGCCAGGUAGAAGAUGGUAUUUCACACAUUGACAAAGUUACUAUGACUUCUGAUCAGGGGAGCCUGAUGGGUAGCGGUUCUCAGUUCUCAGUAGGUGGAGAUAGACCUUUUCUUCAGUGUUCGGACGAGAAGCCUUCGUUGCCGAGUUCGUUUAGAACCUGUGAUCUGAAUCUUAUUGAAGUGUCUGAAGUGAAUGAAAGUCAUGUUGAUCACCCAGUUCUUAUUUAUCCCCCCGCGGUCUCUGAAGCAAAGAAAGCGGUGCCAAUUGACAUAGAUCUGAGCAUGAGUCAUGCUAGUGUAUCAAACAAAUUCAACACUCACGCAGCAAAUGGCAAAGAGAUUGAAGUAAUUGAUUUAGAAAAUGAUUCCAUUCAAGAAGAAAAGUCAAUUGACAAUAUGGAUAGAAAGACAGAGACUAUGUUUCCUGGCCUUGAUGGUUUUUCCAACCAUGCUCAAAAUGCUGCUGACAUACAUGAUGUUCAGGAUGGAUAUGGGCUUAUGAUAUCAGAGUUGCUUGGGCCAGAUUUCACUAACUGUUCUUCAGUACCCGGUGACAUAAACUCUGUGCACAACGAAAUGGGCCUUCAUAAUGGAACGGGGACACUUGCUGAGGAUGAUUCAAUAUAUAUGUCGCUUGGAGAAUUAAGUAUGCCAGAUUUUUAUUAAUGGUUUUUUUCGGCCAUGGGAGCAACCUCCAUCACAGGAUUAUCAGAAGCACUUUUGAUCUCUCUGGUCAUUCAGUCCUUUCAGGAGACAUUAUGUAGUGGUAUGUUUUGUACUAGUCAACCAUGGUUCUCUGUUAGUCACCAGCUUUAUACAAAAAUGAAAUGCUGCUUUGUUUUUCUUUUUUCAUUAUUAUAAUUUGUCUCCUGUUUGGAAUUAUGUACUAUGUAAGCUGAAUUCUAUAUUGCCCUAAUGUUCUACUAUCUCUUUUUAAUGCCUCUGCCAUUACUAGGUUAUUAGAGGAGAAUUGUGUCUGAUGAUGCAAAAUUGUAAAAUAUUCCAUUGUAACACAUUUGCCCAAGUAUCUGGCCAUUAUUUAAUACAAUGGCUUUGAAUUGAAAUUCUUGCUGGGUUACUUAUUAAAA